CGAACCCGACCUAAAUCGAGUCGAGUUUGAAAAUACUCAAAUCCCAUAGAACCCGACCCGUUGCAAUCCCGGGGGUUGGGCAUCGGAGACUGUGGUGGGUGACGACUGAGGAGGACACCAAUUUCACCUCCCCUACAUGGGUGGGGGUGGGGGUAUUUCGCAGGCAAUAAAUGCGAGUGGAGGAAGGGAAGAGAUAUGGCAUAUCUGUGAGUGCUCUCUGAAAUGGUGCCACGUUUAUCUCUGUAAUUAUUUGGAUGCAAUUCACAAUUUGACUACUUCACCUGCACCCAUUCAUUGGUGUGCUAAAAGAUGAACACACACAGAGAGACACUGUAGUAGUGUGUACUAACCAGUGUAAAAAUGGCGGCUCUUUCCCUUUCGCCAUGCUCCUCUCUCUUCAAAAGAAAUAACUUUCUUUCUUCCAUGUAUUCCCAUGGACCUCGCCCUUUUAACCGAUUUACCCUUUCUCGUUCAUCUUCUCAACCCAUUUCGCAGCAAAUCUACAGGUCUCUCAGCAGCUUUAAGUACAAUCCCCUCGGUGUUGCAAUUGAUCUGAAGGGUGGGAUGAAGAAGAGACUGAGAAGUGGUGUGGUUUGUCACUACUCUACUGCUUUCGCUCCCCGAAAUCUCCAAUGGGUCUCAACUAUCUCAUCUGUGGUUUUGAUGCUUGCGAGGGGAACUUCUAUUCACAAAUCUUUUCUUGUUCCUUUAUUUGUUUUACAAGCUCCUUUAACUCUUGUCUCCUGGAUCAAGGGCGAGUACGGCAUUUGGACAGCAUUCUUGGCACUUCUUGUUCGCCUUUUCUUCUUCUUUCCUGGUGAACUGGAACUUCCAUUAUUUGCAUUACUCAUGGUGAUUGUGUCCCCCUAUCAAGUUUCAAGCUUAAGGGGGACAAAGGAGGGAGUUAUUCUUUCCCUGGUGAUAUCAGCUUAUCUUGCUUUCCAGCACUUCUCACGUGCAGGAAGCUUGAAAACAGCAUUUGACCAAGGUUCAAUCAUUGCCACCCUAGGCAUAUUGUGUAUUGUCGUUGUACCUUGCUUGCUCUUGAUCUAACUGAAUAGAGAGAAGCAUCAUGAAAAUGCCAUCUUCUGAAAAUUAUCAGCCCAAUAACUAUACCCUUUCACUUUCUGGGAAAUUCCUUUGAUGCUUAUCUGUUUAUAAUGUGAAUUGAAGGUGAAUGGUCAGUUUGUUUAUAUUUGGGCUUGGUAAAAGUUUCACUGUCAUCCUGGUUUGAUACUUGAGUUUUGCUUGUGUUUGUUUGCUUUCUUUAAACAUAAUAAUUGAUGUUUGAAAUAACAUCUCGAGGGUCAAAGAGAGAUUUGCUUGAAUGAGACUCACAUGGG